AUGUCGAAAAUUUUCUCACCACCGCCAUCGUUCAGUAUCCCAACAGAACGCUUACAUAUCUCAUACUUCCAGCCUGGAAACCCGGAUCACACCGCUUUCACAUUUCGCCUAUGGAGCACCGACGAAGUUACAAAAUAUAUCGGGAAUAGAGGCAUUGUCUCCCUGGAAACGGCAGACGCAUUCAUUAGAAAUCUGGUCCAGGCAGACUACAACCGGACCGGAUAUGGUCGAUUUCUAGUCUCACUGAAACCACAUGCCCAAGCCUCACUUGCCGAAAGUAAACUGAUCGGAGUGGUGUCCCUGCUUUUGAGAGAUCCGCCUUAUGGCUUCUCAUGCCCAGAUAUUGGAUAUUCAUUUUUGCCAGAGGAAUGGGGGAAAGGCUAUGCGCCGGAGGCUGCCAUCGCAUUAAUCGAGUAUGCUCGUCGCGAGUGGAAUAUUAAAGAUUUCUUCGGCUUUUGUGAACCGCACAACAAGCCUAGUCGUCGUGUUAUGGAAAAGAUAGGGUUUGAAUUCAGAGGCGAAAAAAAUCUACAAGUUUUCGGAGGUAGACGCAACGCAGUAUACGCACUUCCAGAAAUGGAAUCAGACCUGAGUGUAUAUGGAAUGGAAGAUUAG